CAAGAACGAUUGACACCAUGAGUUUCUUCAAGAAUCUGUUCAAAGAGGCCGGCGUCAAGGAUGUCAUUACACUCUUCCACAGCACGAAAAGCCCAGCAUCGACGCGGGUUCACACCUUGCUAAAGCAGCUCAAUGCCACCGCGGUAGCGCACGCGACCGAAGAUCAGGCGAGUGACCAUAGCAAGCAGAGCAAAUUGGAGAGCAGGGAGUUUGAGCUGGACAUUCAGGAGGGUGCUCCAACCACCGACCAGCUGAGCAGCAUUUUGGAAUACCUUGGCCCAUCGCAGGCUGGCAGCGUCAUCAAGGAUGCCACGGGCACCAGUGAUGCUCUGCGCAAGUUUAAGCAGAAUGAGACUCUCUUUCAGAGACCUGUGACUGUGGACUGGAAUAACGGACGUGCUGUUGUGGGUGAGAAGGAGAGCGAGAUUCUCAAGCUUGUGAAGAGCUUGCCCAAGGAGGAGAAAUCAUAGGUUGAGGCGCGAAUGAGGCACACUGGCGCGAGACUGGCUGUGGAGGAUUGGAAUGAGACCAUACACGCUCGGCAGAGUGAAGGGUGCUGAAUGGGCCGCCGCGUAGCUUUAGACAGAACAGGUUCUUCGGCUUGGAUGAACAGCAGCUCGCGGACUAAGGACCAAUGGCAAAAACAUUGUGGGAG